AUUCCUCUUUAACCCACCAGAACGUACACCGCCUCCUGUUCGCGCCAUUGUAAUACCACGUGAACGGUAGAGCCAAUCAUCACGCAAGGCGGUGCAAUUCCCUUUUUCCUUUGCUCACCAGGGCAGUAACAACUGUGGACGGACGCUAGGUCUGGUUUCCUCUUGAAAGUAAUACUGUAACAUCUUUACUUUCCCACCUAUAUCUGACAACCAUGCGUCCAAUGCGUAUUUUUGCAAAUGAUGAUCGCCAUGUCAUGGCAAAGCACUCCACUGUGUAUCCAACUCAAGAGGAGCUAGAGGCUGUUCAGAACAUGGUAUCGCAUACAGAAAGGGCCCUCAAAGCUGUGUCCGAUUGGAUUGAUCAACAGGAUAAGGAAAGUGGUGGAGGAGAAGUUGCUGCAACAGAGCCAGAAGCUAUGGAGGAGGUCUCGGAAGAAGGCAAAGAGAGCAACGGAACAAAGAAUGCAGAAAAUCCUACACGGGCACUCCGUGGUGUUAUGAGAGUUGGUCUUGUUGCCAAGGGUCUUCUUCUGAAGGGUGAUUUAGAUUUGGAACUGGUUCUCCUGUGUAAGGAUAAGCCCACGAUCACACUUCUGAAGAGAGUAGCCGAUAACCUUGUUGUACAAUUUGCUUCUGUAUCCGAGGAGAAGUAUGAAGUUAUACAGAAUAUCAGAGAAGCAGCAAUAGUCAUCAAAAAUACAAAAGAACCAGCUCUCACUCUUAACAUCAGACUAACGUCCCCUCUAGUCAGAGAGGAAAUGGAGAAGUUGAAUGCUGGAGAAACGCUAUCAGUCAGCGAUCCUCCGGACGUUCUGGACAGGCACAAAUGCCUUGCUGCAUUGGCGUCACUGCGACACGCCAAGUGGUUCCAGGCUAGGGCAAAUGGGCUGAAGUCUUGUGUGAUUGUUAUUCGUGUGCUUCGGGAUCUUUGCACGCGUGUUCCUACCUGGGAGCCCCUCAGAGGAUGGCCACUUGAACUUCUUUGUGAAAAAUCUAUUGGAACCACCAACAGGCCAAUGGGUGCAGGUGAAGCGCUGAGAAGAGUUCUUGAGUGUCUAAGUUCGGGAAUUCUAAUGCCUGAUGGUCCAGGACUUUAUGACCCAUGUGAAAAAGAAGCCACUGAUGCUCUUGGUCAUCUUGAGAGACAGCAGCGAGAGGACAUUACCCAGAGUGCACAGCAUGCCCUGAGACUUGCAGCCUUCGGCCAACUUCACAAAGUCCUUGGCAUGGACCCUCUGCCUGUUGUCAAAUUGCCACCUAAUGUGAAGAAGCCACCCAGGAGUGAGGCACCAAUUGAUUAUACUGUCCAGAUCCCUCCUAGCACAACAUAUGUUGUGCCACCCUUGAAACGCCCAAUUGAGGAGGAUGGAGAUGACAAAUCCCCAAUUAAGAAGAAAAAGAAGAUUGUUAAGAAAGAUGAGAAGAGUGAGCCACCACAGGCCAUGAAUGCACUUAUGCGUUUAAAUCAGCUAAAACCUGGUCUUCAGUAUAAACUGGUAUCCCAGACAGGACCUGUACAUGCUCCCAUCUUUACUAUGUCAGUGGACGUGGAUGAUAAGACUUUUGAAGCAUCUGGCCCUUCAAAGAAAACAGCUAAAUUACAUGUAGCAGUAAAGGUUUUGCAAGAUAUGGGACUUUCUACUGGAAUUGAAGAGAAGGAAGAGACUGAAGAAAUUGAGCAGAAACCAGUUGUUAAAACACAAUCUCAAGAAGUAGACUUGAUACAGACUGAUUCGGGUUCCCCAGAUCAAACUGAGGCUUCAAAAGCACAAGGACCAAUUUUGACAAAGCAUGGAAAGAAUCCGGUCAUGGAGCUUAAUGAGAAGAGACGUGGACUUAAAUAUGAAUUAAUUUCUGAGACAGGAGGCAGCCAUGAUAAGCGUUUUGUUAUGGAGGUUGAAGUGGAUAACGAAAAGUUCCAAGGAUCAGGGUCUAACAAAAAAGUAGCAAAAGCAUAUGCUGCUCUUUCUGCUCUGGAGAAACUAUUCCCAGAGGACUCUGAAGUUUCUGAAGCCCCUAAAAAGAGACGACCGCCUAUGGCACCACGAGGUGGCCCCAAGUUUGGAAAGCCUAACCCAGGUUUUAGCAUGUUCAAUGAGUCUCCUCUACCUCAAGGUAUUCGUGGACGUGGCAGAGGCGGUGGUAACCGUGGUAGAGGCCGAGGCCGUGGUGGGUUUGGAGGCAACCAAGGCUAUAUGAAUUCUGGAUAUGGUGGUGGUUACAACUACCCAGCUUCUGCAACAGCUGGAUACAGCCAGUUUUACAGUAAUGGAGGCUCCUCAUCUAGCACAGGUGGGGGUGGUGCUGGUACUGGUGGUUAUAGCUCUUAUUACCAGGGGGAGAGCUACUCAGCCCCCACACCACCUAAGCCUUUUCUUCCAAAAAAACAGCCGCCACCACCAGGAACACAGGCACUCGGUGUCAGUCAAUCUAAACCAUCUUACAACCAAGGAUAUCCGUCCCACCAAACAUCACAGUCAAGUUACAGCCAAAAUCAGUACAGUGGUUAUGGCCCCCCACAAAAGCCUAAAGGAGGUUAUAACCAGGCAUCUCAAGGAUCUGGAGGAGGAUCAUAUUCUUACAAUAACUCCUUCUCUGGAGGAUCCUCUUCAGGAUAUGGCAGUGGAGAAGCAACAGGAGGCAGCAGAGGUGGCAGCUCUUACUCAUCUAGCUCAGGUUACACUGGCGGGUCACAUGGAGGCUAUGGUGGAUCAAGCAACUCAGCCUCUUAUCAAGGCCAAGGUUACUCGCAAUCGAGUUACAACCAAGGUGCAGGACAAAGCUACAGUGGCCCCCCAAGCACUUUCCAAUCAUCCCAAGGGGGAGCCAGUGGUUACAGCAGGAAUACAGAUCACAGCAUGAGCUACCAAUACAGAUAAAUGUUACUGUAACUACCCCCUUUUUUGCUUCACCCCAUCUAGCUCAUCACUUAUGGGUUUUAUGGUAUCUUUGGAAAAAGUUAUCCCUUUCUGACUUUUUUUUUUAUAUAUAUAUAUUAAACAUAUCCCCCAGCAGUAAUAUUGAUACCAUUCCUCAACUUCUAUAAGGCCGCUCGGUCAUGUGUGCAAGUUUUGGUUUUUCUCCCCCAUUUGUUGGCAGUUUAAAUGUUUUACAUGUGGUGCAGGGCAUUGAGGAAGUGUGCCUAAACUUUUCUGCUCUUCAUAGGAUAGAAUUUUCCGCUCUAAUCAUAAUGGUAGUGAAGUAAUAAGCUCUAAGAAUGACCAUGUUGUAAAAACUGUAAAUUUGCAUUCCCAAACUGUCCUGAUGCCAUCUGUCUUAAGAACAUGGAUUUGUUUGAAGCUAGUUUGGAAUCUGACAGCUGUCAUUGUGAUCUGACAUAACUUAAAUGUUUUUAUUUAGGUGAUUAAGUUUUAACUGCUUAGCUUAGUUGACUCCACUACCAUACCUGCAUUAAUAGGUUAUCACCAUUUUUUUGUUGGUGCGCAGGAAACCUUUGCUCUGAGCAGGAAGCUUUUCCACAAGCCUUGUCCCCACUUUUCUGUAUUAAAAUAUUUGUGAUGUGACAAGCUUUAUGUAUUUUAAUGCAUUGGUGUUUUUCACCUUACCCUUUAGUUUUUAUUUUAUAUGCAAGAUUUUAUUUUAAGAAUAGUGAGAUGCGUCAACAA